GGACAUUUGCGCGGUCUAGUUGAUUUCAGUUUGGCUGAUUUGUUCCGUUAGAUCUAGGUAGCUGCAUUUGACGUGAUUCUGGUUUCUGUUUGGCUUGAACUGUAUUGAUUUUGUUAAGAAUAGUCGUCAAAAGCUGCCUCUAGGCCUGAAGGCACUUAUGGUGCAGGAGGAUGCUUGAGAAUGUGUUUCAUGUGAAAAUUAUAGGGUGCACCUAAAAUCCUCCUGUUUGUGGCGUCUCAAUGAUUUCUGUAGAGCUUCGUUUCAUCACUUGUGUCCAUAUUUGUCGUUCACGAGUGUUUCAGUAAAUGUUUAUGGCUAUAAUCAGGAACUUUCCAAAACGGUAACUGUGGUAAGGAAUUUAUAUUUUUUUCCGCUAUAGUUUCCAAGUCAAUGUCUCUUUUAAGUUGCUUACUGUACUCUGUUGGCUAUUCAUGAAUUUUUUAUUGACAAGCUUCUGUUUUCAUUUACAGUGGUACCGAAUGGACGCAUUGGCACUUGGAGACAAUGGCGACCAACCUGCCCUUCUUAUAUCAGUGGAUAUCAAAAACCUUUUUGACGGAAUUAUGUUUAGUCACCGGUAUACCAGUUGGGUUCAAGUAGAAGAUGCUCUAAGUCAGCUGGAAUCAGCAACUCAUACACAUUAUGUAAUCAAAAAGUGCAUACGGGACCAUGAAUCUCAGGAUUUGAAGUACAAAUUAGUAGUCUUUCGUUGUACAUAUAGCAUGAAGCGAAAAACUAGAGGUUCAGGUUUACGCGUCAAACCGUAAGAAUUCUAUUAUUUAUUUCUGCAGUGCAAAAUACACCGGUUGCCAAUCUGGCUUUCGUAUACGCUACAAGGAGGACGAGUUUAUCAUUUCUUCCGCGAAAACAGUUCACAAUCACAGAUGUGAAAAAAGUCUUAUGAUAGGUGAUCCAUAUUUUAGACGCCUGUCCGGGGAUGAAAACGAGAAUAUUGCACCAGUUGUGAAGACUACAUCUGAGGUUGCUGAUGUUUUGGAAUAUGCUGAAGAGAAUUUUAAUAAAGUUUUGACGAGCACAGAUGUGUAUAAUUUACGUAAGGAUGUGAGACCAGCCAUGCCUUUGAGAUCAGAUGUUAUGCGCAUAAUAAGGCAAAGUGGUCAGGUGGUUGAAUACGUGGAUUCGAAUACAGGGAUAACCAGCAGAAUUUGCUUCGCCCUGGAAUCACAGGUUCAGUUAUAUCGGAAAUAUGGAGAGGUGGUGACGGCAUAUACCUGCACCAAGUGGAUUAUACCAAUUCUACUUGUACCUGCAGAAUAUUUAGGGCACAAAGAAUACCUUGCCGGCAUAUGCUGCUAUGUCACACUCAAAUUCCUCAGUUUACAGUUGACAAAGUAAUUCGCCUGUGUCGCAGAUGGUUUUGGCAGGAUCCGUUGCUACCAAGUCGUGUGCCGUGUGAAGGUUCAGUGAAGAAACCCUGCAUGGAGAUACUGCAACUUCGCAGGCAAUUGAACAGAAGCUUCGCAGUUAUGCAGGAUAAUUAUAGUAAUGAAUAUACUAUUAGUGCACUGCGAGCAACUCUGAAUUACUUUGAGAACUUUCUUGUAUAAUAAUGGAAGAUGUACAUAAAUUUUGUGUCAAUAAAUGCAAAUAUACCC